CACGACAGUGAAUGCAGAUAUCCAUAGAGAUGGUUAGAGUCAUUAACCUCUCGUUUUAUCCUCCAGGUGCUGUUGCCGUGACGACCCGGCCCCACAUCUACUACUGCCGCUCGCCCAACAUGGAGGUCUUCACCUGCUGGUGGCAUCCCCUUGACAACAACUCCGAGAGUGACGACAAUAUCACCUACAGCCUCACCUACUCCUUAGAAAAGGGGCCGAGGCGUGAGUGUCCAGACUAUGUAACGGGCGGCCCCAACAGUUGUCACUUUGACAGCGGCCACACAUCCAUCUGGACCAUAUACUGCAUGAACGUGAUGGCCAGGACCUCCCACGGAGUGUUCAGCUCCAAGGACCACUGUCUGGACGUGGCUGAUAUAGUGGAGACAGAGGCUCCGGUUAACUUGACCUACACCCUGUUGAACGAGACGGAGGAGGAAGCUGGCCGCACCGCCAUGGUGUCCUGGGUUUACCCCAAUCCCUCCCUCAUCCAGUAUGGUUGGAUCACCCUGGUCUUCGAGCUGCAGUACCGACGCAUCGCCGAGCCCAACAACUGGAAGGUGAAGGGCUUGCUGAGAGAGCCUUGUCUGGAGCUGCUGGAUCUGCCGGUAGGAGAGUACAUUGUCAGGGUGAGAUGCCGUUCCCGCAACAACGGCCUCUGGAGCAUGUGGAGCAUCCCUGUCCUACUCUGCGUCCCAGUCAAAUCUACCCCCGGUGCUGUUGCCGUGACGAACCGGCCCCACAUCUACUACUGCCGCUCGCCCAACAUGGAGGUCUUCACCUGCUGGUGGCAUCCCCUUGACAACAACUCCGAGAGUGACGACAACGUCACCUACAGCCUCACCUACUCCUUAGAAAAGGGGCCGAGGCGUGAGUGUCCAGACUAUGUAACGGGCGGCCCCAACAGUUGUCACUUUGACAGCGGCCACACAUCCAUCUGGACCAUAUACUGCAUGAACGUGAUGGCCAGGACCUCCCACGGAGUGUUCAGCUCCAAGGACCACUGUCUGGACGUGGCUGAUAUAGUGGAGACAGAGGCUCCGGUUAACUUGACCUACACCCUGUUGAACGAGACGGAGGAGGAAGCUGGCCGCACCGCCAUGGUGUCCUGGGUUUACCCCAAUCCCUCCCUCAUCCAGUACGGUUGGAUCACCCUGGUCUUCGAGCUGCAGUACCGACGCAUCGCCGAGCCCAACAACUGGAAGGUGAAGGGCUUGCUGAGAGAGCCUUGUCUGGAGCUGCUGGAUCUGCCGGUAGGAGAGUACAUUGUCAGGGUGAGAUGCCGUUCCCGCAACAACGGCCUCUGGAGCAAGUGGAGCAUCCCUGUCCUACUCUGCGUCCCAGUCAAAUCUACCCCGGUAGGGACUCUUAACUGUCUGAUGAUUCAGUUACUGUCAACUCCUAAUCUGAAGCAUUAG